ACUAUUAAUACCGCCUCGCCCGGGAAUGCGGGCGUGCUGAGCGCCGGGAUUGGCCUAGGGCGCCUGGCCAUUCCCUUUAAUUUUUAAAUACACGAUCCUCUCCUACUUCUGGGUGGCAAAGAAAAAAAUCAUAAAAGAAGAAAAGCCGUCGAUUUCAAAUUUUUCCUCCAGAACAAACCCCGCCGUGCAAUUUGGUCGUACGGCAUCUGAAGGCAAGAGUGGUUUGCAAAUCUUUCCAAGGCUCAAGACCCGGUUGUGCAGCGGGAAAGGAACGCCGCUGGUUGGCAGGGUCCGGGGAGCAUCUGUUGCCAGCUCCCGCAGGACCCCUGGAAGCUCCUGCCAGGGACACAGAGACCGCUGGUCGCUGGUCUGCCCAGGUCACCGCCCGCACUUCUUGCUUCCUUCGGAGGAGGAUCCCGGACGCGAGCAAGCGGCGACAGCAGGAGCCAGUGCUGACUGCGCGCGGGCUCAGCCUUGGGCUUUGUCGCGGUACCUGUGCCUGCUCCACUCCCGCACUCCCUGCUCAGUUUUUCCAAUCUUUUGUUGGCACCGCUGACCGCUCCAAGUUAAAUGCUUCUUUGCUAUUUUGCUUUUUUUUCCUGUCUACUUUUUUUUUUUUUUGAGAGCUCUGCGAUUUUUUUGAAAAGCCUCAGACGCCAUCUACAGUUAAGACUUAGGGCGAGCCGGCGCCGCGCGCUCCCUGAAGACUGCACAAACUCCACGCAGGGCUCCUCCGCCCGGUCUGCGGAUCCUCAGCUGGGGAUCGCUCGGGAUUCCGGCGCUGCAGCUCUGCAAGCCAGAGGCACACUCAGUCGUUCAGAUCCACGCUGUGAACAGAGACCCACGUACUCCAGAGCGCGGUUCUGUACCGCGCAGGCGGCUUCGGGGUCUACCCCUAUCACAAUAGCGAGAUAUGGGAGAUCGCGGAACAAAACCCAGGAUUUCGAAGAGCUGUCGUCUAUAAGGUCCGCUGAACCCAGCCAGAGUUUCAGCCCGAACCUUGGCUCUCCGAGCCCGCCCGAGACUCCGAACUUGUCGCAUUGCGUUUCUUGCAUCGGGAAAUACUUACUGUUGGAGCCUCUGGAGGGAGACCACGUUUUCCGCGCUGUACAUCUGCACAGCGGAGAGGAACUGGUGUGCAAGGUGUUUGAGAUCAGCUGCUACCAGGAGUCCCUGGCCCCCUGUUUCUGCCUGUCUGCCCACAGCAACAUCAACCAAAUCACAGAAAUCCUCCUGGGGGAGACCAAAGCCUAUGUGUUCUUUGAGCGGAGCUAUGGAGACAUGCAUUCCUUUGUCCGCACUUGCAAGAAGCUGAGGGAGGAGGAGGCAGCCCGACUGUUCUACCAGAUUGCCUCUGCCGUGGCCCACUGCCACGAUGGAGGGCUGGUGCUGCGUGACCUCAAGCUACGGAAAUUUAUCUUCAAGGAUGAAGAGAGGACUCGUGUCAAGCUGGAGAGUUUGGAAGAUGCUUAUAUUCUCCGGGGCGAUGACGACUCCCUCUCUGACAAGCAUGGCUGCCCAGCGUAUGUCAGCCCAGAGAUCUUGAACACCACUGGCAGUUAUUCGGGCAAGGCUGCGGACGUGUGGAGCCUGGGGGUGAUGCUGUACACCAUGUUGGUGGGGCGUUAUCCCUUUCAUGACAUUGAGCCCAGUUCCCUCUUCAGUAAGAUCCGCAGGGGCCAGUUCAACAUUCCAGAAACUCUGUCGCCCAAGGCCAAGUGCCUCAUCCGAAGCAUCCUGCGCCGGGAGCCCUCAGAGCGGCUGACCUCACAGGAGAUUCUGGACCAUCCUUGGUUUUCUACAGAUUUUAGCGUCUCGAAUUCGGGAUUUGGUGCUAAAGAGGCAUCUGACCAGCUGGUGCCAGAUGUCAACAUGGAGGAGAACUUGGACCCUUUCUUUAACUGAGCUUAAGGCCCACGGACACUUAGCAGGUACCAGGAGCAAGAGAGGGUCCCAGAAAGCAUUUCUGGGCCACAGGUGGCCUGGCUGGGAAGCAAGCCGGACAUUCGUAUUUACACAUUUCUUGGUUCAGAGGAGGAAUACCUUCCAGGAGCUGACCGAACACUUAGCAUGGGAACAAGACCUGUGGGAUGGGGGUUGGUUUAGAUGGUCAGGAGCCUCACCCCUAAGCUUCUCUUCCCUGGGGUAGCCGGAAAGUCCUCUCUGCCAGUUGGGCUACUUCAUUUACCCCUCUUUUCAUUUUAUUCAGAAAUAGUUGCAGGUCUCGAUAGAACUGAAACUCUUCUGCCUCAGACACAUACCUUUGGCAUUGCACUGUUAGCAUUUAACUUCUUGUUAUGAUUCAGGGAAGGGACAAUUGAUCGAAAUUUUUUUUUUCUAAACAGGCCAACCACCUAUGUAAUAAUCAAUGGGAUUCACUUAAAAUAAUAAUAAUAAUAAUUCGGUGCACACAGACCGACCUGAAACCUGGGUGCUAAACAAAAAGAAAAUGAAAGUUUCAUCUGUCACCUCUCAUUCUCACUUUUCGACUCAUUUCUUCUAAAUAAGUGAUUUCCUGUUCCGACUAGGAAGUGACAUGUUACUGCUUUGCUCCCUGAAGAGGGAGAGGGAGGGGCAGAUCUGUUCUGUGACAGACAGUUCUGCUUCUCAUCAGUCGUUUUUUUUUUUUUUUUUUUUUUUUUUUUUUUUUUUUUUUUUUUUGCAGGAAAUGAUUAGAAGUCAAACUUCCAGAUGUAGUAUCACAGUCUGGGGGAAGAAGAAAGGAAAAGAAAAAAAAAUCCAACUCCUUUCUGGGUUUUGUUCUUUUGAAGGAAGAGGGCUCCCACUGCAGACAUUGCUUUCUGCUCUGAAUACAGCAUUCAGCAAGGGGAUUCCAGAGGGGCGGGGGCAGGGGUGGCUCCUGGAGUCAGAGCUCAUUGAUGACGCUGAUCGCAACGUUGUGUUUUGCUUUAUGGGAAACUAGUAAAAUGAGACAGGUUGUCCCAUGUGUAUAAAAUACAGGGCAGCUAUUUCCUUUUCUUUGCUAAGAAUGGUCCUCUGGGCUUGGGAAAGCCCUCCGGUUUGAACAGAAGGGAUGAUAUAAACACAAACAACUCUCUGUCCCAAUACGCACCUUUGUAUUUUCAAGAACUCUUGUAUUUAUUAAGGAAAAUGUCACAUUGUGAUGUAUUAAGCCAGUACUUCAAUUACGGGUCGACGGGAUGACAUGUUACAUGCUGUAGUUAUCACUUAUAAUUUGUCCCCCUGUUUGAGUAUUUCUGUCCCUGGAAUAACCUCUCAUUUGGCUCUUUCUAGAUAGCCUUAUUUGAUUUCGAGUGGCAAAAUGUUUUCCUUUUGUAUUCUGGCUUUUCUAUUGCUGUAUGAUACAGAACUCUUUUGGCAUAAAUAUUUGUGUUCCCAGUACCUCAGUCAUUUGGGUUUUACUGCCUGCAUAUGUUUUGUGAAAUGGUCCUGUUUUUGGGUAGGUAACACGUGGACUCUAGUGUGUAAAUGUUACUUGAAUCUGUGCUUCACUCUAGUAUAUGGCAUGUGUGUGCGGACUCUUGGAUGCUUCACGCCUACUCCACAGGAGCCCCUGUCCCCAGGAGGGUGGCUUCCCCAUUCAUAAUCAGGAGACAAAGCUGCCAUGGAUAUACCCUUGGUUCUAUUUUGAUAAUGGAAGAUACAGAGAGAGGGUUGUUACCGUCAGAAGAUGGUGCUGUGGCAAGAAGGACCUUCUGUCUUCUCUUUCCCCUGUCUGUCAAGUACUGGGGGGAGAGGAAGGAUUGGUGACAUGCAUGGUGGGGACUAAUGGCCUCUGGUGCUUUGUCCUGUAUUUGGUUUAAUGUUUUUGUCCUAAUCUCUUCAAUCAAUAAAAUUGUGCGUAUUUAACUAAAA